GGGGUCUGGGGUCGCCCCGUCUGCGGGGCCCACCUCCUUUGCCUUCAGGGUGCGGGGCUCCCUCCUGACCCCGGUGUCUUCGCCAGCAUGCGGGGCCGCCCUCUCCUGGGAGGGUUAGGCCGUGGGACCCGCGCCCCGUUGACCGAGUGAGCUCUGCCCUUUGCCUUCCUUGGGAGGUGCCUCCCUCCUUCCUGUGUCUUGGCCUCCAGUCUGCAGGGGCUUCCUCCUGUAGACAGGCCUUUUCUGACCCGUGGCUCUUCCCGUUUGUGGGGGUCACUUGCCAACCCACAGAACCUUGUGCUGUCCCCUCUGGCCCCCAGGCCCAUCUCUGUAGGAGCUGAGCCAGAUUUUCUUACACUUAGAAGGAUGGUCAGGUAGGAGCCCUCCUUCGGGGCUGGGGUAGAGACCCUUCGAUAUGUAUAAACUCCCGGCUCCAAACACAGCCUAGUGGAGGACCCUCCUUCAGCCCCCACCUUGGCCUUCAGAAACCAGGGGUUGGGUGUGGGUGGGCAGAGGAGGCCCCUUUGCUGGGCAGAAGCACCCCUAGGCGCUCCUUUCCAAGCUCUGUUUGGGCUGUCUCACUGCCUGCUGGACUCACCCUCCAUAUGGGUGUCCUCAGGGAUUUUAAACUCCUUAUGCUCUCUUCCCUUCUCACCACUGCAGGGACCCCCUUAUUUCUCUUGGUGGCAUCACCGUCUUUAGUCAGCCACUGGAAAUGGAGACCUUAGUCAUCAGGCUUGUCUGGGGUGUCCCCCGGUGUGAUCGCUUCUUCCUAUCCCCUGUUCCCUGCACACUGGUCUAGUCUUGUAACGGGAUUUUCUGCUUCCAGCUUUCCUCCCUCUCCCUUUAGUGCAUCCUGCUUGUCUUGCCAUAGUAAUCUCGAAGCACAGGUCUGACCUUGUCACUCCCUGGCUCAGAAGCUCUCAGUGGCUCCUUACUGACCACGGGGUUGCAAACAGUGCCACGUGGCAGCUUCCGAGGCCCUCCAGGGACUGGCAGGCAUCGGAGCUUCACAGACAUCCCACUCCUUUCCUCUCUCUCGCUAGAGUGUGAACACCUUGGGACAGGUUCUAUGUCUUGUUACUCUUGGGAGCUCUUUAGUCCCUUGCCCAGGACCUUCCAGGUGGUAGCUGGGAAAGAAAACAAUAAGUGUUUUGCAUUUGGGGAGAACAGGCUUGAACCUCGGAAGAGUGAGGAGGCUGUGGAGUGGGGCUACCUUCUUCUGUGUUCUUGCUGCAGUCCCUUCUUGGUUUUCUCUGCCAGUGGUGACACUGAUGUUUUGGUGCCCAUCUAGCUGUGAUGAAAUGAUUUCACUGAAGGGCAGCCCUUUGAGGCAGGUGACUCCUCCUUAGCCAUGGGUGGUGGCCAAGAACAAGGGAGGUGUAACCUGACUACCUGGAAUUUGAAUAUAGCUGCUAGGGCACAGGUUGAGAGGGCAGAGGUUGAGAGCCUGCUUCCUGCCCUCUCCUCCCCUCCCCCUCCCCCUCCCAGUUGGUCAUACCCACCUGCUUCUGUCCUUUCCACAUGCCUGGCCCCUGAGAUGUUUGGACUCACAUUCUUGCUUUAAAAUCCUGCUCAAACCCUGCCCUCUCUUUCAAUGUUUCCCUCUUUUUCCCCCAGGUGAAUGAAUGUCUCCUCUGCUCUCUGAGUGCAUGUAAUUUGGACUUUUCGUUUCUUUGUAAAGAUUCUUUUUGCUUAAAAACAAUGUCUGUGAACUUGUACCCUCUUACCCUAAUGGUAGUUUGCACAGAGCAUGUGUACAGUAAUGGGCAUCACUGUUGGCUGGAUGUGGACAUAGGGCAAGGCACGCAUUGGCCUUGGGCCUUGCUCAGCCUGGAAGGAGGCGUGGAGACAGUGGCCUGCCCCAGCCUGGCCCUGUUCCCCAGGCCGCCUGGACGGGAGUUUCAGGAGGUGCAGGCAGGGCCUUGGUGGAGUUACAUACUCUGUUUUCUACCAGCAGAGCUGUAGGCUGGUCUGUUCGUCUCAUUGCUCCCGUCAGAACUAACCUGAGGACUCCCCGUGCACCCCGGGCCAGGGCUCUUCAGGAUGCAGCCUUCCUCAGGUCCAGCGCCCAGCCCCCGUGCAUGAUUUUGGUUGACUUGAGGUCUCGUUCUUUCAGAAGGCUCUAGGGGAAAUGCUGCAGGAACCAGCAUCUGUCAUUGGGGCGGGGAAGGGACUCCAGCUUCAAAUGACGUGCCUUUUUUGAGGACUGUGCCAAGUGUCUUUAUGUAAACCUCAAGCUGCAAGUCACCUGUAGGUGCACGCAGCAGGACGGAGUUUGCCAGUGGACCGAAGUCCAGUCCCUGUCCUCGAGUCACUAAGUGUAGGUCGGGGAGGAAGCCUGUGCAGAGAUAGCAAGCGCCCCGAGUUAGCAAAUGCUGUGCCAACCGCGUGGGGCAGGGAAGGGCUGGCAUCCUGAGGACGUCACUGUGCGUUGGCCUUCUCUGGGGAUGCGGUUUAAAGGGGCUGACGGCACCUUUAGCUGAGAUUUGAAGGUGGUGGUGGGGUGGUAAUUGCCUCGAACUCACGGAGGCCCCACGUACAACAGGCCGAAACGUUGUCUGGGCGCACAAUCCCCGUGCUUGUCGGUAUGUUUGAGUCCGUCGUUGUGUCACUUCUCCUGAAGAAUAUCUGUGCUCUUCUACUUAACCAAACACGACGCUGUUUUCCAAGCCAGUGAUCUUUCCUGAGGACGUGUCCAAAGUAAGCUAGCCAAAAUCUCGUCCUUCUCGCCUUUAAGGAACAUUCUGGUUUUAUUUCUUCUAUGACUUUUUUGUUCUCCUGGCAGUCCACGGGAUAGUCAAUAUUCAGGCUGGUCAAAAUUCUCAUAGAUGCAGGCAAGAACAGUGCGCAAACCCAGAAACCUACAGGGACCAGGCAGGUGCCAUAAAUAUUUGUAAUAGUUAAUAUUUACGGAGAGCUUUCUUUGUACCAGGCCCCACUCUGGCACUUUACAUGUGUUAACUCAUUUAACCCUUAAAACAAUUUUACAAAGUGGGUGCUAAUUUUGUUCCCAUUUCCCAGCUGAGGAGAGUGAGGCUCAAAGCCUCAGGUAAGGCUUCACAGCCGUAAGUGCGGAGCUGUAGCCUGGCUGCAGAGUCCAUACGCUUAAUGUCUAUUUCUGUUGCCUCUUGCAUUAGGAUGAAGGGGCCAGGUGCGGCAGCGGUUUCCUGGCUUUAGCUGAUUGUUGUCAUGUGGCUUGGACAGCGCAUUAGUUACCUCUUGCUGUGUAACAAAUCACCCCAAAACAUAGCUAUCUCACAGUGGGUCAGGAAUCUGGGAGUGGCUCAGCAGGGUGGUGUAUGGCACUGGGUCUCUGAUGACAUUGCAGUCAAGCUGUCGGCUGGAGUGGCAGUCAUCUGAAGGCUUGCCUGGGGCUGGAAGACCACUUCCAAGAUGGCACACUCAUGUGGCUGAAAAUUACGGUGACUUGUAUCAUUGGUCAGUGAAGUCAUAUUCAGACUUCUGGGCAGAGUUCUGGAAAUUUAGUGGAAUUGUCUUCUCACGGAUGUAUGACGAGGUUGUGGACACUUCGAAAGGAAUCACGGACGUGCCCGAGUGGUUCAGAGGCAGCCGUCUAAACUAUGCGGAAAACCUCCUGCGGCACAAAGACAACGACCACGUCGCCCUGUACGUUGCAAGGGAAGGCAGAGAGGAAAUUGUGAAGGUGACCUUUAAAGAGUUGAGGCAGCAAGUGGCUUUGUUUGCAGCAGCAAUGAGGAAAAUGGGGGUAAAAGUGGGAGACCGUGUUGUUGGUUAUUUACCCAAUGGUGAGCACGCCGUGGAGGCAAUGCUGGCGGCCGCGAGCAUCGGUGCCAUCUGGAGUUCCACGUCCCCAGACUUUGGUGUGAACGGUGUUCUGGACCGGUUUUCUCAAAUCCAGCCAAAGCUCAUUUUCUCCGUGGAGGCCGUUGUGUACAAUGGCAAAGAGCACAACCACAUGGACAAACUGCAGCAGGUCGUUAAAGGACUGCCAGAUUUGAAAAAAGUGGUGGUGAUACCUUAUGUUGCCCCCAGAGAGAAGGUAGAUAUUUCGAAGAUUCCAAACAGCGUGUUCCUAGAUGACUUUCUUGCCACCGGGAAAGGAGAGCAGGCGCCGCAGCUGGAGUUUGAGCAGCUGCCCUUCAGCCAUCCUCUCUUCAUCAUGUUCUCGUCGGGCACAACUGGCUCCCCCAAGUGCAUGGUGCACUCAGCCGGGGGUACCCUCAUCCAGCACCUGAAGGAACACAUUCUGCACGGCAACAUGGGCAGCAGCGACAUCAUCCUGUACUACACCACGGUCGGCUGGAUGAUGUGGAACUGGAUGGUGUCCGCCCUGGCCACAGGCGCGUCCCUGGUCUUGUACGACGGCUCCCCGUUGUUCCCGACGCCCAACGUGCUCUGGGACCUGGUGGACAGGAUAGGCAUCACCAUCCUCGGAACCAGUGCCAAGUGGCUGUCUGUGCUCGAAGAGAAACACAUGAAACCAGCGGAGACCCACAGUCUCCAGACGCUUCACAUGAUCCUAUCCACCGGCUCCCCGCUGAAACCCCAGAGCUACGAGUACGUCUACAGGUGCGUCAAGAGCAGCGUGCUCCUCGGCUCCAUCUCAGGUGGCACGGACAUCAUCUCCUGCUUCAUGGGCCAGAAUGCCUCUAUCCCUGUGUAUAAAGGCGAGAUCCAGGCCCGGAACCUGGGCAUGGCGGUGGAGGCCUGGGACGAGGAAGGAAAGGCAGUCUGGGGGGAGAGUGGGGAACUGGUGUGCACCAAGCCCAUGCCCUGCCAGCCCACGCACUUCUGGAACGACGAGAACGGGAGCAAGUACAGGAAGGCGUAUUUCUCCAAAUUCCCAGAUGUCUGGGCGCACGGUGAUUACUGCAGCAUCAAUCCCAAGACCGGGGGCAUCGUCAUGCUGGGCCGGAGCGAUGGCACACUCAACCCCAACGGAGUGCGGUUUGGCAGCUCAGAAAUCUACAACAUUGUGGAGGCCUUUGAGGAGGUGAUGGACAGCCUGUGUGUCCCCCAGUACAACCAGGACGGGGAGGAGCGGGUGAUCCUCUUCCUGAAGAUGGUUUCCGGGCACACCUUCAGGCCCGACUUGGUGCAGAGGAUCCGUAACGCCAUCCGCCUUGGCCUGUCUGCGCGGCACGUCCCCAGCCUCAUCCUGGAGACCAAGGGGAUCCCGUACACGCUUAAUGGCAAGAAGGUGGAAGUGGCCGUGAAGCAGGUAAUUGCGGGGAAGCCAGUGGAGCACCGCGGGGCUUUCUCCAACCCCGAGACCUUGGAUCUGUACCGGAACAUUCCUGAGCUCCAGGACUUCUGAGCGGACGGGCCCGCGGCUGCAUGCGUCUGUGGCUUCUGUACGUCUGAGACAUCACUUAGAACCUCUGGCUCUUUUCAAGGAAGUUUACAGCCAGGGCUCUGUGGGCUGGGGAAGAAUGGCUUGUCUCCUAGGUAUGUCUAGCAGGUGCCGGGUGUUCACUCGGGUGCGGCCUUGACCUGCAGAGGUACAGAGGGCAUGUGGGCUAUUUGGGUAGCACCGCUUUGUGGUGUGGGUGCUGCCUGGGUGGGCAGUCAUGGCUCAUGCCUGGCCAAGGGUGCGGCUGGUGGGUGCUCUGUGGAGGGGUCUGACUUUGAGCUUCGAGGUCCAGUCGUCGUUCCAUUUUUACGUGUUCAGCUGCACAUCUCUUUCUUUCCUCUACACUUUGGGCUGCCUGUUCCCUCGGAGCCCAGCCACCUAUUGUUGAGCAUAACUGUUAAAAGGACACAGUCCUACAACUGGUGGUUGGGAUGCCGUGGGCUGCCCACCAUGUUAAGUACACACAACAGUCGGAAGUCCCUUCCGCUAGACCCGUGUCACUCUUCCACUCAACAGUGUCUCACAAGCCAGCAGAAAGAACCAGUGGGGCUCCCUAUUUAAUAGGAUCUUGUUAUUUCUGGCUUUGGAUGGUUUUUAAAUUUUUGUUCGUGUUAAUUAAAUGCCUGGUCUGUGUAGGUGUUCUCAGAACUGGGUGUCCAUCCUGGGGGCCGUGUUUCCUUGGGAAUGGUGGGUGAGUGCGCCCUCAAACCGUGCACCCCCAAGCUGUGCGUCCGGCCAGCCCUCCCUUCAGGUCCUUCCCCAAGAGAUGCCACGACAGCCCUACUGUCCCGUGUGUGCUGGUUCUUAGGGUGUUAACGGGAAGAUUGUGUUAUGAGUGUUCGUAAAUCGAGCCCCGCAUCUUGAUGGGCGGUUUGUGUGUCCUUUUCAGUUCUGUAUAUUAACCAAGUUCUGGAACCCUAAUGUUCAUUUUUGUAUUUUUUUAAAAUGGAGUGCAACGAAAUACUAUUUUGAAUCCUCUUUGUUCUGGGUUAUAAAAAUAUAGGGGAAAAGUGCUCUGAGGAGUUUAAUAAAUGAACAUACAUACGUGUGUAUGUGCACACACCUGUUCA